AUGACUGAGGCCAUACGCACGGGCAAAGGACUUCGGCGGGAAAGAGAGGCUAGAGGUUGGUUCUGCAGCUUCGCCGACUCUGAUACCAUGCUCAUCCGGCACACCCUCUACAACGAUUUCAAUAUUCUACGCUUCAUUUGCCUAUGCAUCGUCGACUUGUCACUUCCUACCUGCGACGCGGUGUGUCCAGACCACCCUGUCGGAAAGUCCGUCCCAAGAACCUGGGGCCUGAAGACCCUGACUAAAAAGCGCCUUGUAUACGCCAUCCAAGGAAGCAAGCUUGGACACUGUGCCCUGAAGGACACGCAGGCGACCCGAAAACUCGAAUUUUGUUCCUCGAGAGCCCAAAAGAAGGUCCAGCAUGGGGAUCAAACCUCGGGAGCUGAAGGAGUGGCUCCGGGAAGAAAGGCGAGGUGA